AUGGGGUUCGACUCCGACGAUCCCAAUGGUUUCGAGGAGGCGGUGGUCUUGGGCGUUGACGGCGGCGCCACAUCCACUGUCUGCGUCUGCCUGCCUCUCCUCCCAUUGUGCGAGCGCCCCCAGCUGCCCGAUCCUCUCCCCGUUCUCGGCCGCGCCGCUGCCGGCUGCUCCAACCACAACAGCGUUGGAGAACAAGCUGCUAGAGAAACACUUGAACAUGUUAUAAGCGAGGCACUUUCAACAGCUGGAAAGAAUCAUUCAGCAGUUCUUGCUGUUUGCUUAGGGGUUUCUGGUGUGAACCAUCCAUCGGAUCAGGAGAGAAUAUUGAUAUGGAUGAGGAGUAUUUUUCCUGGUAAUAUAAAGAUAUACGUAAAAAAUGAUGCUGUAGCAGCUCUUGCUAGUGGGACAAUGGGGAAACUACAUGGCUGUGUUUUGAUAGCUGGUACUGGGUGCAUUGCUUAUGGAUUUGCUGAAGAUGGAAGAGAAGCUCGUGCUGCGGGUGCAGGACCUAUAUUAGGUGACUGGGGCAGUGGUUACGGAAUCGCUUCUCAGGCACUGACAGCAGUGGUGAAGGCUCAUGAUGGACGUGGCCCGAAAACGAUGCUUACAAAUUGUUUGUUGAAAUCGCUUGAUCUUUCCUCACCAGAUGAGAUCAUAGGGUGGACCUAUGCAGAUUCAUCUUGGGCUAGAAUAGCAGCACUAGUCCCUCUCGUGGUAUCUUGUGCAGAAGAUGGCGAUCAAGUUGCACACGAGAUAUUGAUUAAUGCUGUCCAAGAAUUGGCUCUUAGUGUUAAGGCUGUCGUUCAACGACUAUGUUUGGCUGGGGAAGAUGGAAGUGAUUCUUUUCCAGUUGUCUUAGUUGGUGGUGUCCUUGAAGCUAACAAGAGAUGGGACAUUGGGAAAGAAGUUACUGACACAAUUUUGAAGGCCUUCCCGGGUGCAUUUCCCAUUAGACCACAGGUGGAACCUGCAAUUGGGGCUGCAUUGUUCGCAUGGACCAGCUUGAUGAAAGAAAUGGAAGCAAAUGGCCACAGAUGA